AUGUACAUAGGAGUCGGAAUCCCGGAGGGAGCUCUAGUGCUUUCACCAUCCCACCUAAAGUUUAUUAGGUUCCCACUUCACCCCUUAUUUCAUCUGGUGUUGAAUUCUCUGAACCUCCAUCCUAUGCAGUUAAAUCCGAACUUAUACUUAUUGAUUAGUGGUAUGCUGGCAGUUGGCCUCAAAUGGAGGGUGUCACUAGGCUUCUUAGAUUUCUUCUACCACCAUUAUGCUGCCACGGUUAGACAUGAGACUGAGUAUUUCUACCUAACCCCUCGACCUACCUGUAAGUUCUUUGGCUACAAACUGUCUUCCGCUAAAGAUUGGAAGACCCGACCUUUAAUGAUUACCAGGAAUUGGGCUACCCCUGAGAUGUCUUGUAUCUCUAUUCCUUCAUCAUUGGGGGCUGAACCUGGUCACAUAGUCAGCUUUGAUCGAGCAUUCCAAUUUGAGGAGGAUUUCUCACAUCGCAUCCGAAGAAGUUACAUAGAGAGACAGGCUGAAGAGGAAGAAGAUAGCGGUGGUUAUUCCCCUGACGACUCCGAGCUAUCUGACAUGUCGGGCCCAUUACCCAACCUGUCGAAACGUGCUUCUCGACUAGGUCCAGGGCAAAGACCAUCCGUUGAUCAGCAGACAAAAAGGUCCAAGCGUGUUCCAGAUGCUGGGUCGAGUUUAGAUUCUUCAGGUGCGUUCAUUCCAGGUUCAUCUUCGGGUCGAUCCCAUCAUGAUGUGCUUCGUCGAGUUGGUUUGGCCACCUCUGCUCAAUUUGUGGUUGUUGAAGAUAUUGACCUCGACAACGAACCUGUCAUUCUUGCUGAUGGUGAGAUAUGGAGACGGUUUCAGAAGUCAGAUGGGAAGCGUCUUAUGAAAAAUGAAGGACUCUUGCAUGAUCCUGAGGCAUGCGACGUCGUUUUAGGUGGCCUCCUUCUCCUUCACCCACAAGACAUUAAAGAACUAACGGACUUGGAUGAUCAUGACAUUGCACUCCAACAAGCUCACAACUUAAUCUCGAUGGCCGAACUUCGCUUGGUUGAGCUAUCCAAGGCUCAAGGGCGCAAGGAUGAGUUAGACAACUUGAUCAAGUUCCACGACCAUUUAGGACAACGACUUGAGGUAAAUGAGGCUACAUCAACGAAAGAGAAGGGUGAGAUUUCCCGUCUUUCUGACAAAAUCGACAUCCUCAACCUUGAACGCAAGAACGCUUUAUUGGAAAUGGAUCAGCUGAAGAAUGACGUGGGACGCGUUGAAAAGGAGAAGAAGGAUCAGUACGAUGCAUGUUGA